UUCUCUACACGUUCAGUUCUUUAUUCACUGUUUAAGGACCCCGAGCCCUCUCUUUACCAAAUUCUUCUCUCACACCAAACAGAACCAAUCCGAAGAAAUGCGAGGAGGAGGCCACCGCCGGCGACCGUCGGACGAAUUCGGAUCGGACUCCGACGCGGAAGAGAACGGCGGCGGAAACCCAACAAGAACGAUGAAGUGCGUGUCGUGCAGGGAGGAGUACGCGUCGCGCGACGCCGGCACGUGCCGGGAGUGUUACGAGGAGGCCAGCGAGACGGAGGAGGAGCUCAAGCGAGAGAUCGAAGAUCUCAAGGCCAAGGUCGCCUUCCUCAGAUUCUCCUCCUGGACCCCGCACCAGCACCAGAGGCCCACACCGCCGUGCUUCACCGACGUCGUUCUGGUGGCGUCCGACGACGACAACCCAGUUCCUGUUCCGGCCCAUAAGGCCGUUCUCGCAAGCCGUUCCCCAGUUUUCAGAGCCAUGCUUGAAAAUGAGAUGGAGGAAAGCCGGAGCGGUACAGUCAGGAUAAGUGAUGUAUCAUACGAUGCUCUUCGCGCCUUUGUCAACUUCUUGUACACCGCCGAAGCGUGCCUUGAUGAGCAAAUGGCCUGUGAUCUUUUAGUCUUGGGUGAAAAAUACCAAGUGAAACACCUCAAGACCUAUUGUGAGAAGUUCAUGGUGUCAAAGUUGAAUUGGGAAAAUGCACUACUCAGUUUUGCCUUUGCUCACCAACACAAUGCGAAAAACUUGGCUGAUUCAGCUUUGUCGUUAAUCAUGGACAACAUGGAUAAGCUACGUAAGCGAGAGGAAUACGCGGAGCUCGUGGACAAGGAUCCUCGGCUUGUUGUUGAAAUCUUUGAAGCUUAUCUCUCCAAACAGGUAAAUACUGCUGCACACAAGGAUUCGUCGUCGAAGCCUUGACAAGAGCUCAAUUGUGGUUUUUUUUUUUUUUUGGGCAUUGAAAGCUGAUACAGCAAUUAUCAUCUACUUUGGGUUUCUAGAUUAUCAUUGGAAAUGAUUGUCGUCUGUCUGGUGUUCAAAGUCUGGUUGAAAUUGGAUGUAAAUGAAUUUUCAGGUUUUGAUGGCCUCUUAUAAAGGAGUUUAAAUUUAGAAAA